AUGAACGAUAACAAGAGAAAAGCAUUCACCUAUUCCACACCUACCAUUGCCUCACAACAAGUUCGUUUUGCAGCAGUUGCAGCAGCUACAAAUGCAAACAUUACAGAACCUGGAGCCGUUCCAAACGCGACUCAGGAUAAGAUCAAUUCGUUCCCUCUAACAGAUCUCGACUUACGUAAAUUAGGACGUCAGAGAAACAUUGGUAUUGCUGCACAUAUUGACAGUGGAAAGACAACAGUAACAGAACGAGUUUUAUUCUACACUGGAAGAAUCAAAGAUAUCCAUGAAGUUCGUGGUAGAGAUGAAGUGGGAGCAAAGAUGGACCAUAUGGAAUUGGAACGUGAAAAAGGUAUCACAAUUCAAAGUGCUGCAACCCAUUGUUCAUGGAAAGCAACACCACCAACGGAAACCAGAAGUGUAGGUGGAGAUGUAGCAGAAGACAAAGUUGGCGCAAAAGAAGAUUUCCAUAUCAACAUCAUCGAUACACCCGGACACGUUGACUUCACAAUCGAAGUUGAACGUGCUUUGCGUGUCUUGGAUGGUGCUGUCUUGGUUCUUUGUGCCACUUCUGGAGUUCAAUCACAAACUAUUACAGUCGACAGACAAAUGAGAAGAUACAAUGUCCCUCGUGUUUCAUUUAUCAACAAGAUGGACAGAGCAGGUGCAAAUCCAUGGCGUGUGAUCGAUCAAGUACGCAGUAAGCUCAAAAUGCCUGCUGCUGCCGUUCAAGUACCAAUUGGAGCAGAAGAUGCAUUUGAAGGAUUGAUCGAUUUGAUAAGAUGGAAGACAAUCUACAAUGAAGGAGAGAAAGGAAGCGUCAUUCGGGAGUCUGAUGAAAUUCCCGCUAACAUGCUGGAAUUUGCCAAACAGAAACGUGCUGAAUUGGUUGAGCAGGUCGCAGAGGUAGACGAUGAGAUGACAGAAAUCUUCUUGGAAGAAAGAGACCCAACAAAUGAAGAGCUAGCAAAAGCCAUUCGACGUGCAACGAUCAAAUGUGCGUUCUCUCCCGUCUUUUUGGGAUCAGCAAUGAAGAAUAAAGGUGUUCAAUCAAUGUUGGACGGUGUUUGUGCCUACCUGCCAAAUCCUUCCGAAGUUCCAACGGUUGCCCUAGAUGUCAGCAAGGCUGCUAAAGAACAAGCUGUGGAAGCUGCAGCAAAGGCAGUAGAAGCAGAAGGCGAAGAAGCAGUGUCAGAGGCCAAGCAAAAUGCUCCGACCCCAUCAGUCAAUCUAUUACCUGCUUCAGAAGCACCUUUGGUCGGAUUAGCAUUCAAAUUGGAAGAAGGUCGUUAUGGUCAAUUAACAUACAUGCGCAUGUAUUCCGGAACGUUGAAAAGAGGAAAUGUGAUCUUCAACGCUCGUACAGGAAAGAAGGUAAAAGUACCCAGAUUGGUUCGUAUGCAUUCAAAUGAUAUGGAAGACGUCGACAGUAUCGGACCUGGAGAAAUCUGUGCCAUGUUCGGUGUGGAUUGUUCAAGUGGUGAUACAUUUACAGAUGGUGCUCUUUCGCUAAGUAUGAGUAACAUGUUCGUUCCUGAACCCGUCAUUUCGCUUGCCUUGCAUCCUAAAUCAAAGGAAGCCAGUGCUUCUACCAACUUCAGUCGAGCAUUGAACAGAUUCCAGCGAGAAGACCCAACUUUCCGCGUUCAUAUUGAUUCAGAAAGUGGAGAAACGAUCAUCAGUGGAAUGGGAGAAUUACACUUGGAAAUCUACGUUGAACGUAUGCGUAGAGAAUACAACGUCGCAUGCGAUACCGGUAAGCCUCGAGUUGCAUUCCGCGAAACAAUCACUCAAUCUAGUUCGUUCUCGUACACACACAAGAAACAAACUGGUGGAGCAGGUCAAUUUGGUCGUGUGAUGGGAUACAUUGAGCCGAUGAAGAUGGACGAAGAAACAGGAAAAGAUACUGCUUUCGAGAAUCGUGUUAUGGGUGGAUCAAUUCCAACAGGUUAUAUUCCUGCUUGUGAAAAAGGAUUCUUUGAAGCAAUUGACAAGGGAGCACUAUCUGGACAUUCAGUCACAGGUACUCGAUUCGUGCUUGAAGAUGGUUUGGCACACAGCGUCGAUUCAUCCGAAUUGGCUUUCAGAUUGGCAGUGAUCGGUGCAUUCAGAGAAGCAUAUGCAAAAGCCCAACCCGUGAUUCUAGAACCAAAGAUGACUGUAGAAGUCGUUGCGCCCGUUGAAUUCCAAGGUGCAGUCAUUGGAGCGUUGAACCAACGUAAGGGUACAAUCGAAGAUACCGAAGUACGUGAAGAUGAAUUCACAUUGACAGCAGAAGUGAGCUUGAACGAUAUGUUUGGCUAUUCAAGUCAAUUGCGUGGAUUGACACAAGGAAAAGGUGAAUAUUCUAUGGAGUUGAAGACGUAUGCACCCGUAAUGCCAAACAUUCAAAAGGAUAUGGAAGAUGCCUACAAAAAGCAACAACAGCAGAAGAAGUGA